CGAGCACGUUUGGUAGAACGUGCAGAGCGUGCAGAGCGAGCAGAGCGAGAUCUUGGCUUUGACAUUUUAUUGGUGACAUAAUGUAAUAUAUCAGACUGACAGGUGACCUUCGGUAAAGACGCGCUGGAAUCUCAUCGAUAGCUGCAGUGACCAUCCUCAGUGCCGGCUUGACAGCAUUCGUCGGCUGAUAAAAAGUGAAUUUAGCACAGGUGAUAGCGUCAUGGUGCAACUCCUGGUGCUCCCGCCAGCGCCUGCCGGCCAGUCUGGUGCUGUCGCCUUCGGCAAGCUCACCGAGCCGAGUCAGGUGGAGGUGGAACCUGUGGGCCGAUGGUUUGAGGCCGUGUACCAGAAUGCUCGCACCCGGCACGUCUCGUCAGCAGCAUCAAUCGGUUCGGAAUCGUCGGACGAGGGCGAAGGGGGGAGUGCGGCCGAAGACCCUGCCGAGACCCAGUACCUGCUCAGCCUCGAUCCCAAGGAGUGGAAGUCCCAAGACCACUACCGGGUGCUCGGUCUGCAGUCAAAACGGCAUGCUGCCACCGAACAUGACAUCAAGAAAGCCUACCGGCGCAAGGUGCUGCUUCACCACCCGGACAAGAGGCGUACGGCGGGUGAGCAGGUGAGGGACCUGGAGCGUGACUACUUCUCCUGCAUCACCAGGGCGUAUGAAAUACUGGGCAACCCUGUUCGGCGACGCUCCUACGACAGCGUGGACCCCGAAUUUGAUGAUGACAUCCCAACCAACUGUGCAGAGUCACGGAACAAUUUCUUUGCCAUAUUUGGGCCAGUGUUUGAGGCAAAUGCAAGGUGGUCGACCAAGCGAAACAUGCCUCCACUGGGUGACGACAAUUCUAGCCGGGAUGAAGUGGAUCGCUUUUACCACUUCUGGUACAGCUUUGAUUCGUGGCGUGAAUACUCGUAUCUGGAUGAAGAAGAGAAAGAAAAAGGCGAAAAUCGGGAAGAGCGUCGCUGGAUCGAGAAGCAAAAUCGGGCAGCGCGGCAGAAGCGCAAGCGGGAGGAGAUGCAACGCAUCCGCCAGCUUGUCGACACGGCAUACGCUUGUGACCCGCGAGUGCAACGCUUCAAGGAGGAAGAGCGUGAGCGCAAGCUGGCACAGAAGCGAGCCCGACAGGAAGCUGCCAGGGCACGACAGGAAAUGGAAGAGAAGGAACGGCAGGAGCGUGAGGAAGCGGAACGCCUGGAACGGGAACGGCAGGAGGAAGAUGCCAGACAGCAGAGGGAGAAAGAGCGUCGAGAGAAGGAGAACCUUCGCAAGCAGCUCAAGAAAGAGCGCAAGGCCUUGGAGGCAGUGUGCACGGAUGACGGCCACUACGCAGCCGACGCUGAAGAGCGCGUGGUGCGACUGCAGCAACUUCACCGGCUCUGCCAGCUGCUCAGCCUCGAAGAGCUGCAGCAGCUCAACCAGGCCAUGGAAGCGGCCUCCAACGUGGACGAGAGGAAGUCCCUGUUUCUUGAAAAGGCCAAGGCCCUUGAAGAACGUCUGGAGCGUGAGAAGGCGGAGCAACUUGGCGGGGCUCAGAGUGGGCGGAGCCAGGGGGGAGGGGACAAAGGCUCCUCUGCCUCCUCCUCUUCAUCCUGGACUGCGGAUGAUGUGCAGCUGCUCGUCAAGGCUGUCAAUCUCUUCCCUGCUGGCACAGCCAAUAGGUGGGAAGUGGUGGCGGCCUUUCUCAACCAGCAUGGAGCCACGUCCGAUCGCACGGCCAAGGAGGUGCUCGCAAAGGCCAAGAGCUUGCAGAAAUUGGAUCCUCAGCUGAAGGAGGAGGCCAACCGCAAGGCAUACGAGCAGCACCAGAAGUCCCUGGGUGCCAAGGCCGAGGUGGCCUUCAAGGACGAGUCCACCCCAUCCCAGCGCUUUGACGGUGAUGGUGGGGCAGUGGUGUGGCAGGCUGAGGAGCAGCGUCUUCUCGAGCAGGCUCUGAAGACAUACCCGGCCAGCACACCCGACCGAUGGGACCGCAUCGCGGAGUGUGUGCCCACUCGUUCCAAGAAAGAGUGCAUGCGACGCUACAAG